CAGUCCCAGCGCGUCUGCGCUGUUCAGGCCGCCGUCCCCUCACCAUGACCGGCAUGCACCGACAACUCGGACAAAUCCAUCUUGCACUUGCAUCCCAACCACCACCAGCUCGCCCGUCAUAGCCAUGGACGCGCCGGGAGGUGCGACGAGCCCGCUGGACUGGGCCAACGUGGGCCUCGCCUUCUCCUUCAUCGUCUUCGACGCAGUCGUCUCGCUCGCUCUGGGACUGGGCGUGGGCAGUGGGCUUGUGACGGCUGCGCUGCGGUGUAUUGUGCAGCUGAGCGUCGUUGCUCUGGUCCUUCAGAGAGUGUUUGAGACAAAUAAUGUGUGGGCGGUGGCGGCUAUAGCAUUCUUGUUGAACUUGAUGGGCACCAUCGAGACCGUGGUAAAUAAAUCGAAGAAGCGAUAUGCAUUCAUGUUCCCUUCCGUGCUUGUGGGCAUGCUUGGCUCCACAAUACCAGUCUCAAUCAUUGGCAUCCGCUUUGCCAUGGCAGUGGAUCCGUUCUGGACGCCGGAACAAUAUAUCCCUGUCGUGGGCAUGCUCUGUGGCAGCACAAUUUCUGGAAUUGUUGUCUCUGUCUCUUACGUGUUGAAAGAGUUGCAUGAUAACAGCGACAAGGUUCAAAUGUACCUCGCGUUCGGCGCAUCCAGGUUCGAGGCGUGCAAGCCCAUCGCGAAGGAGGCCUUGCGGCUUGCCCUUACUCCCAACAUCAACCAAAUGAGCGUGCUCGGCAUCAUCGCCAUCCCCGGAAUGAUGACCGGUGCGAUUCUGGGCGGGUCCUCCGUCCAGCAAGCCGCGCGGCUACAAAUGGUGAUCAUGUUCAUGAUCUCGUCUUGCACCGCGCUGUCGUCGAUCGUCACCACGAUCCUCGCGCUCAGCGUCAUCGUCGACAACGAGCACCGCGUGCGCACGGACCGCAUCGACGUGCGCCCGCACGCCGUCUGGCGCGCGCGCAAUUACGUCGUCGGCAAGGUCGUGGAGAGCGCGAAGGACACGGGGAGCAGGGUGUGGAAGAAGACGAGGCCGGUCUUGACGAGGGCGGAUAGCAGCUAUAGGAGUGUGAGGAGCUAUCAGGAGCCGGAUAGCCCGUUGGUGGAGAGGGGGGAGCGGUCGGAUAGGCAGAGACUGCUUCCUGGAGGAACCCAAUAGGGGGCGAUGUUGGAUGAUACCCUGAUCAUUCAUGCAAAUUGUAAUUGGAAGUCGAGUUCUCCGUACAGUUGAGGAAUAUUGUAGCGCUGUUGUUUUGUCUCUGCUGGUACGCGAUGUCAAUUGGAAUGACACUGUUGUAACGCUCA